AUGGGGGAUGAGAAAAAAUUGAGGGAAACUGAUGAGAAAAAGGGGGGGAAGGAGGAAUUACCAGGGGAUAUCACUACAUUCUACUCCUACUUUCUGAAUUUGUGGACGAGACUGAAAGCCAAAAAUUUCUACAGGGUUGUCUUCGACUCCAAGAAGUUAAAGGCAGUCACGAUGAUCGGUAAAAUCGAAGAGGAAAUAAAGAAAUUGUUUGAAAAAAUCGAGAAAGAGAUUGGGGAUUUUGAUCAGGAAGUGGAGGAGCUGAAGGGACAGACGGAUGAUGUCAAGAGGAUAAAGGGAAUUCUCACCGAGUACAAAUCGACUGUCCAGAAGAUUCUCGAAGAGUACUCAAAAUCCUUGAUCGAAAUGAAAAAUAAAAUGACAAAGGACGUGACGACGACAGAAGAAUUGACUCAAUUCGCUAAAUUCUCGGAAGUAAAAUUCAACGAUUUGAAAAAAACAACUGGUGAUCUGACAGAUUCCCUGGAGACCUCAGGAUCCGAUUCGCUGAAGAAGAAUCUAAACAAUACCCUGAAGGAGAGCAAUGAGAGGAUUACGAGCGACUUCGCCAGUCUAGUGGAGAAUUUCAAGAAAAUUCAAGGAGAAAAGCCAGUGCCUCCCAAGCUUCCUCUAUCAGAGCUGAAAGUUCCAGACGUCCAGAAGACAAAGGUCUCCUCCAGUUCGAAGGAUCUAAAAACUGUCCCCAAGCCUUUAAUCCCUCCCGAGAUCAGAGAUAAACUCAGGAAAUUCAGCUUUACGAAACAUUUCAAUUCUGAAACUGUAACAGGACGGGCGAAUGUGGCGAGGCUCACGAUUUUUGGGGUUGUCCUGGGGUUUCUUUACUGGCGCCGAAAGCGAUCGCAAUCUCAGAAAUGAGUGAUAGAUAAUUUUUAGUGAAGGGACGACAGGCGAGAGGAUUCUACUCCUGGGACAUCAGCUGGGCAGAAUGAUUCAACACCGGAUUUUCUUGAAGGAGCAGAGAUGGAAAAUGGAAUGCUCGAGUUGUGAGAGGACGACCCAUCAACGCAGGAUCACGAAUUGGAGAUUAUUCAGGAUAAUACAAGAUGACAAGAUGCAUAUGAAUGAAAAUGAAAUUGACAAUUGCCGAUGGAUUUCUACAUGGGAAUGUUCAACAAGUUGUCAUACUUCGUGUGCUCAUCAGGAAAAGCUGAUUACCCCAUGGAGGGGAAUAAUUUUAGAAUAAAUGGGUGAAAGCCCCAGGAGAGAACGAAAGGUCAGAGGAAAUCGAUAAUUAAUCGAGUCUGAUCCCCGAAAGGGAGAAGCUGAUAUCGCAAAUAAAUUCCAUAUCGCAUGUGAUCUUGGGUUGAAGAAAUCACGCAAGAAAGUAUAAAUAAAGGAAGAAAAUUGAGAGGAUCAAUGAACCCAAUAACAUUGUAUUUAUUGGAAGGCAUUAUCCAUCGGAGGCAAUCAAGUUUCAUGACUCUUGUUAUUUUUCUUCAUCCUUUAUUACUCCAGAAGAUCCCUUUAUCUUGGAGACAGCCCUGCGGGUAUGAUGUUUAAUUUUGCAAAAUUGUGUUUACACUGAAUUCGUGCGGAUUGAACCGGAAAAUAUCGUGAGUUGUCUUUUGUUUUUUUUUUUUUUCUAAUUAAAAUGAUUGCCCAUUCAAUUGAGAGUUUGUAGCAGUGCCCUUGAAGAAAUUGAAAGAUCAAGUUCAGUGUUAAUUUUUGAAGUUGAGUUUUUUAAAAUGCUGAGUGAAGUUUUUUCGUUGAUGAAAAAAAUUUGGGAUAAUUGAUCAUAAAGUGGUGUAAUUAAAUAUUUAAGUGCAAACAGCGUCGGGAUCUCGUUAAGUCGACAAGAGGAUUCUCAAGUGGAAACUUGAUGGGUAUAAGGUAAUACCGAGUUAGUCCAUCUGAGUUAAUAUCCCUUGAACACUCGAGUCUGUCGCUUCCCGGGAAAUUCCGGGAGUUUAGUAAUGAUACACGAUUAUCUGAUGUAUAAAUUACUGUUAAUUAAUCAUCGGGACAUUGAGAGUGUCUUGUGGGUGGGCAAUGGGAUUUUCCGUGACAGGACAUUUAUCAGGGAAUAGUUCAAUUUAAAUAUUGAUGGAAGAAAAUACUUGAGCUGAUGUUUCCUCAUCUUCGAGGCGAAUCAUUGUAAAAGAAAUUAUUCGGUAUGGGGAUUUGAAUGAAAGAUUAGUUCGUUGAUAAAUUAAUUAAUUUUUCUUCAAAUCUUAUCGAAAUUUGGGACAGGGUAAAAUAGAUCGUGUGGGUAAAUUCCUUUAUCUUUAUCGACCCUCUGACAUGCACUUGACGACUAGAAACUAAGUUAAUUACAUUUAUCUGAUUCAGAAAGGGGGGAGAGGAAUAAUACAAAAUAGAAGUGUGGAAAAUUGGAGACACAAAAGGGACUCGAUGAAGUACUCAGUUCCAUCCUGUGUUGUUCGUACAUUCCAGGUUUCAUUCUCUUUCCCAUUUGUUAAACUUCGCUGGAGAGUGUCUCAUGUCCUCGGUGCUUUCUUCCUUGUCGUCGUUGGCAUUUUUUUUCUUCACUCCAGAAAAGGUGCAUUGGUAAAUUCGCCGGCGGAUUUCACCGGGAGCUGUAAUCGAUCCAGAGAGGAAUUUAUACGACAAUAAUUGGUUGUUCAUCAAUAUUGAUAGGCUGGAGAACUUUAAUUGUUAAUAAUUGAAGGCGAACACGAGAGCGGCAUUCUGUCUGCCAUUUCGAAAGGGAUAAUUCAUAAACACAUGACCGGAAAUGACGUCAUC